AUGCUGAUGCGCUUUGAAGACAUCAACGGCGAACUGAAUAGUCUGAUGAGUACGCGUGUCUCUGGGACCCAAUACCUGUUGAAAAUACGUGGGCCCGGACAGCUGGCGGAUCCAGCGACUCGAUCGCUUUUCCGCCUUGCGUUCACGCAGAUGGUCAUUCAGUUCAAGGCGUUGAAAGAUCCUCUGCAGAUAGACUUGGAUUGGCUAUUAGAGGCACUCACUAUCCCGCAUCCAAUCUAUCAUAUGAUGGCGGCGAAUAUCAACAUCAGUAAGUUCUGUGCGACAGCUUCGAAGACAUUCUCCGAAUGUGAGGAAGGCAACGUGCCAGAUGAACUGACCAUUGCCUCUUUGCUCGAUCGCGGACAUCAUCUUGAUAAUGAGUCCGCUCAAUGGCAUUGUGGGUUGCCCGAGGCGUGGCUUCCGCAGAAACAUACAUCAAACGCACAGGAGGUCCUUCUUCUGUAUCCAGAUGUCACAUCAGCUGGAGUUUGGAACUAUCGCCGGGGGACAAGAAUACUUCUUCAGAUGACGAUGUUGCAGUUGCAUCGUUGUAUCGAUCACCGUGUCGUUCCCGAUCCAUUGGGGCUCGGUUUAUAA